AUGAUUACCCUGCUCGUUGCUGUUGCCGCGACUCUGGCGGCGCAGGGGCCCUGGCGCUUUGCGCAGGUCUUCGUGGCCCCUGGCUCUCGGGGUCAGCAGACGCUCCAUUACCUCGGCAAGGAGUACGUUGUUGUCGACAGCGGAGAUGCUGACCUUGUGGCAGCCAAUUUCGGCCACGCGCACUUUGCGCUUGACGAGGAAAGUGGCGAGGCCUGGAUAAGCGCGUUCACCCAUGAGGAUAUCGUUAACGCAAAUGACACUGCCACCUACCAUGAGUUCCGCAAAGUCAUUAGCCGCCAUACCGGUUCGGAGCCGCUUCUUCUCCGCGACGCUCCUUUAGACAGAAGGAAUGCUCUCAAGGGAGCUGAAGAGGGAUUCUCGGCGAACCUGACAAACUCUUUCCUGGACAGGGCUAUCCCCAUCGUCAUCAAUUGUCUGAGUAUUGAGCUUUCUCCAAAGACGAAAACGGAGAUGGGAUAUGACUACGUGCCAGAAACAAUUAGAGACGAUGGAGUCAGAAAGCUUGACGCCUUUAUCCGGAUGAUGACCAACGGGCGUGUAUACAUUGAUAACACAACUUCCUGGUAUAAUCCUGCUGGAAAAUUUGUUGAGUUUGCAAACUACUAUGCUACAGAAAACGAUGUUCCAAAGAGGAUCUUCGAAAUUGUUAAAACAAGCCAUGCUGAUUGGCUCACAAGCAUGGUACAGAAUCCCACUAUGAUUUUUUACUCUGCUGAGCUUUUUGACAAAUGGGCAUCUCUGCGAGGAGUCGGGAAACUUGAAUACGGCUUUACGCGUAGUGGAAAGACCUGCGAAUCAGGGCCUGUGCAUGUUCUUGUGCACUUGAAUAAGGAGAUAAAUCAGCGCUACCUGUAUUGGUUUUUCCUCAGGAACACUGGUACUGUCCAGGAUAGGACACAGGGCACCAAGGACAGCUUUUUCAAGACGUAUUUGAUGAAUGGAAAUGCCAAUGAUCAGCACACUGUGACAAGGGAUAAUGGAGUGAUCUUCCCGGCCGGCAUGACGCUUCCUAAGGGAAUGAAGUACAUGUAUCAGGCAGUAGAAAAUCGCUGGAUGCCUAUUCACAUGCCCAACGACACCUCGGCGAGCGGGACAUUCAAGUACAGGCUUCUGGCCGCUGACUCUCAGUACUCUCGCCCGUUCCUCAUGAACGAUGCCCAGGCAUACGUGAUAGAAAAGCAGCCAAAGUCCUACUAUUACCCUGACCUAGAUAUUGUCAGGACUGACCCUGUCCCCGUUGCCACCGGGUAUGCAACAUACACAGCCAAUGACACUGGGCAGACAUACACAUACAAUCCCGAUGACGUCUAUAACGGUCUCAAGCGCAGCCAGCAUGUUAUUGGCGUAGAGCUAUUCCUCCCCGCUGAUUCCUUCAUCUCGACUAUGGACAAGGAGGAGCCUUCUGUCAUCAUUGAAUACCGUGCUGCUAUAGCGGAUGGAAUCUUCCAUGAUCGCGGGUCCUUCAAGAUCAACACGGGAUACUUUAAGGGACUAGGCAACAGAGACUUCCAUUCUGUUUCUUUGAAUCUUCUAUCUGAGCGUGACAACGCAGGAAAAUGGAAAUCACGCACUCUUCCAAACGUCAACAUCGCUUUUGGACGCCUCUGGGUCUGCCCUGAUUGCGACCGCGGAACCUUCACUGUACGGGCCACCGCCGUUAACACUGGCAUCUUUGACAAGAAUGACAUUACACACAUGACCACGCCAUUUGUUUACCACGAUGUCACCAAGAUUCCUUCUCUUGAUGUUGAAGUCACCUAUAUACCCAACACUCCAUACGCUGGGCCACAUCCCGAUUCUGCAAUCAAGUUCCGCUCUCUGGAGAUCCAGACAACUUAUGGAACAGAUUGCUUCAUAAAAUCAUCUCAGAGUCCUCGCGUCGAUACAGUAGUUUGCAGUGUGACACUAUCAUGUUAUCAUAUUUAUUGCGAGCUUGCUGGUAUGUUUUACGCAGCUUCGCGUCUUGAUCAGGGUCCCCUGCGCUUCUUCUACGAUGAUUUUGUCGUUACAAAGAAUACAUAUACGUACACCCUCCGUUCUACUGCCAGUCAGGGCACCACUGAUCACAGGCUCUAUCGCAUGGGCGGCCUUGGGGAGUAUGGUAUUGACGUCGAGUUCCAGUGGAAAGACAGAAGUAUAGUCAACCCGAGCUUUGAGGAAGCUUAUCAGUUUUAUACUGAGUAUAUAACUGCCAAAUCGGGAGGACGUGGCGACCAAUACUAUGUCUUCAAAGGCCUGUCUACAUAUAACCGUACCGUUAUCCCGUAUUAUUACUGGUGGGACGGAACUAACAACAAUGUCCUUCAAUCUCUUGGCACAAAUGGGUAUUUAGCUGUCUUUGGUGCUGAUUGGACUGCUUUGCCGAUGCAGAUUGUGUACGACUCUAACUCUAGGACACUUGCCGAUCGUGAUAUGGAACCCCACUCGGACGUCUUUCGUGUGGAGUGGACAAACGUCCAGUGCGGCUUUUCAGCUUCCUCGGCAGCGUUCUUUGCCAACGGAACCAACGCACGCAGGGGAUGGGCAAGGAUAAUCGCCAACUCAAUUAAUGACGUCGAUCGUGUUGCGUUCUCGCAUAUGAAUUACACUGCUGGGACUUUCUUGCUUACCCCCGCAGCGUUGAAAGUGGGCCAACCACUUGACCAGGAGUGCUGGUCUCAGAUCAACCGCAGAACUCUUUAUCGCGCACACCGCUGGCACAACCUCUAUGCGCGUGGCCAAGACAAUACCAAUUACGAGUUCUAUCUUGACUUUGAUAGCGACCUUCCUAGCGGCCUCGUGGUUUACAUUGACACGGUUGAAAAGACCCACGUUAUUGAUACGCGCAUGAUGAAGGUCGUGCAGAAGUCUAUUAACUCACAGCCUGGGAAUAAGCGCUUUAUCUCUACGAGUCUUCGCUUUAACUACAGCAUUCUCUAUAAGGACACAGAGUUCCGCAUUCGAGGCGGGAUAACCAGCACGUCCCUUCGCUUUGCGUUUAAUAAGGAUGUGUAUCUUGUCGGAGUCCGCCACGUCAUGAACGGAUAUGGAAAGCAACAGGAUCUUAGGAAUGGCACUAUAAACUUCAGGGUCCGCUCAGCCAACUUUAAGGGCGAGGCAUGGCGCAAUAUCACUGGGUAUAUGUAUCAGCCAUUCCAGGUUACUGUGUUUGACGCUGCCCCGUCUUCUAGGUCAAGUGCAGUAUGUAACUUUGAAACUUCGUAUACAGAGUGUCAGAUGACUCUUCCGGAAAGCCUCAAACAGGAGCAGCUUGUCCAUGUUCCUCCGCACCAAUUCUCUGAUGACGGAUUCCAGCACACUAACCUUCGCUGUGAGAAUGGGAAGUAUCUCUGGCUUCAUGCGAAUGGGACGUAUGCCUGUGAGCCGUGUCACGCCGGGUAUUAUUGCAAAGACAGUGUGAUGCGUCGCUGUCCCUUUGGGCACUACUCCGAAGAUGGUGCAUCUGUAUGCAAGACUCCUUAUACCAAUAUUGACCGCUUCGACUCGCCGUCGGCAGCCAAUGAAAAGGAGCUCACAUACGACGCGCCCUUCUACUUCCAGUACAACGCUGACGGGACUGCAAAGGGCCUCUAUCCCUGUAAUGGAAACAUGUAUUACGACAAGGAUACGAAGACGUGUCGCCCGUGCCCUCGCACAGGCUAUUAUUGCCUUUCUGGAGAGGACCCCAAGCCGUGUCCAGCUGGAUUCCGUUGCAUCUCCGGCGUUGCGUACCCGUGCUAUGGAAAUUACUAUUCGCACCGCGAUCGCAUGUCUGUUUGCCUUCCUCUGUCAUUCCAAGCAUGUCCAAUCAAGAGUGCUGAUGGCACAAUCAUGGUAUCAGGCAAGUCCAGCACCGGCGAUGCUCGCUGGAGGAGGCCAGGCCUGGAGCACCUCUCAUACUGGGCAGUCGAGGAACCAAAUGUUGGGUGUCGCGAAUGUCCCCGAGGGCACAAGUGCGAGGUGACCCCUGCCGGUCAACGCCUUCUCCGUCGUGCAAAGUUGCUGCAAGUACUUGAGACUCUUUCCCUGCACUGGGCAGCGCCUGUUUUUGGUCUUCCACACUUUGAGAAGAAGUUCCACAGGUUCAGUGCGUUCGAUCGCCUGCAUCAUUUGGAGCAGCUCCGCGCCAAAUGGAGCAACGGUCCUGUGAGGCUUAACCGUGCACUGUCUGACGAAAACGUCGUUGAUAUUGGAGACGCAUCUCAACCCAAUAGCAACUCCACAUACGUUACUAUCACGCCUUGCAAAGUCUCUGAGUACUCAGCGCCAGGCUCAAACGAGUGCACCACAUGUCCGGCUGGCCAGAUUGUUAAUACGCACGGCGACGGUUGUGUCUCUUUGAACAUCAAGACUCCAGAGGAAGCGGCUCUUGAUGAUACACCCAAAGUGCGAGAAAAGAUUGAUGCAGAAAUAGAAGCUGAUAAUACGAUAACUGAUACGGGCCCAAUCUACGGAGACAAUGAUGAAGAGGAUGUGCCGUUGGAUCCUGUCCCUGAUCCACAGCCCAAUCCUAAUCCAGAUGUACCGCCAAACCCUCCUGGACCAGGAGCAGUGACUAAAAAGCAGUCUGGAGCAGCUAUAGGAGGCAGCAUCGCUGCGGUUCUCAUCAUUGGGGCGAUUGUCGGCGUGCUAUGUUGGUACUUCCUAGUAUAUCGCAAGAAGAACCCGAGACCACAGUGGAUUCAGAACAUAAUGGACAAGUUCAAGUUCCGCGCACCAGGCAAGAGCAAGUCCACUACAAAGGUUCCCGACAAUUCUCUUGGAAAGCACGCAGAGGACGAGCACAAGAAGACGCUACCGCUCAGCCGGAACAACUCGUUCCUUGGAGACUCAAACAUUAGCACACCUAACACGAGGUCGUUUGCGGACGGUGUUAGCUUGCAGGGCUCUUCCAAUAACUCCAAACUACCGCCUCUGAUAGUUUCCAAGAGCAUUGUUUCCGGAGCCCCUCUGGGUCCUGGCGCGGUGAAGCGUCCGGAGAUAUAG